UCGAAACAUACAAGUUUCUUACUGGAUUUUCAUCCCAACAACCAGUAGCCAGUUUAUCAACAACAACAUGGCAUUUGUGAAGUUUGUUCUGUCUGGAAAAUAAAUUAUGGCAGAGGUCACAGCUUCCAACAAAAUCAAACCUUUGAAAAUUGGGGUUCGUUUCAAACAACCUGCUAUAGUGCUUCUCUAUCAAAGUGGUGCCACAUUUAGAAAAAGAAUCAUGCCAAUUCGUGGAUUGAAGAAAAACAGCUCUGUUGCUUUGAUUGCUAGCGAUUUGAAAGACCACCACGAGAAGUACCUGCAGAAUGUACCAGAUUUCAAAGUAGAAAAGAUGUUACGACUCAUCCAGAAUGACAUGAAAGGUUUAGACUUGGAAGAAAGCUUGCAGGAGCUUGCGAAAGAAUUUACCAUCGAUCCUGAUCAAAAUCUUAAUGACGUGGAUGAUUUCACAUUGAGAAAGAAAAAAGAACUUAUGGAUGUAAGCUUUGAAAAAAAUAGAAAAAAACCCGGUGAUCCCGAUUUUCAGUAUGAUAUUGAGGUAGACUUUUCCGCAGAAGCUGGAAUUGAAUCUUCCAUAUGGGACUCUGAAAAAGAAGACAUAGAAUUCUAAUAGAAAUUUUAAUGGAUUGUUCACAAUUUUAAUGGAUUGGAUGAUUUCACAUUGAGAAAGAAAAAAGAACUUAUGGAUGUAAGCUUAAAAAAAAAUAGGAAAAAACCCGGUGAUCCCGAUUUUCAGUAUGAUAUUGAGGUAGACUUUUCCGCAGAAGCUGGAAUUGAAUCUUCCGUAU